AUGGCGACAUUGCCCCAGGCAGCGACAGAAAAGCCGCUGGCCAGGAAAGUCCGCAUAGACACUCGGGCAGUGGAUGGUGUCCGUGGUUUCGCCGUGUUUCAUAUCGUGGUGGGUCACCUCUUGCUCUUCAGCGAGGUGCAGGAGCUGUGGGUCGAACCUUCAGAUGAAGAGCAGGUUCAGCAGUUGCCGCAUUUCGACUUUGCCGACACCGUUUGCCCAGAAGGCUGGCUCCGAGUGGCUGAUACGUGCUAUGCAUCUGCCCCAUGUGGUCGCGAGCACUUGACCUGGUCUCAAGCCGAGGCAGUUUGCGCACAGAUAGUGCCAGGAGGGCACUUGAUGUCCGCGUCGACAGCACAGAUGGCCGCAGUCACGCAUGCAUUUUACCCCUGGAUCUCUGACUCUGACUGGUCUGAGCUAUUGUGGACCGGUCUGAACGAGAGAGACGAGAAGGGAAAAUGGCAGUGGACGACAGGAAGAGACAACCCCUCGUUCACAUGGAUGGAGGGUGAGCCGAACGAUUGGGGAGGACAGGACGAGAGUUGUGCAGCUGGUUUUGCAGGUGGCCUCCUUCUGGAUGCCUCAUGCGAUUCCUACUUCAGAUACCUCUGCAGCGUGGAAGCGAAGAUGGAGCAUUGCCCAGCUCCCUGUGCCCAGGAAACACCUGGUUGGAAUGGAGACACAUGGCGUUGCAGAGAAGACCGGGAAGGCGACUCAGGUGACUGUGAAGAUGGUGGCUUCGGCACCGUAGGAUUGAUGGGCGGCGGCUCUAUGGGCCUUUUCUACAUCAUCUCUGGCUUCGUGAUGGCUGUGGGGUAUUGCCAGGUGGAGCUGCAACUUUGCGGUGGAUGUUGUGGAGGGGAUCCAGACAUGCCAAAGUUAAAUGCUUGUCAAUUCUGGGCACGUCGCUUGGUGCGACUUGCCCCGACGUACUUUUUGACGAAUGCCAUCGGUGUGGCCUUGAAAGCAGCCUUCUCGACGGAGGAGUUUCAGGCAUUCACGGCUUCACAGUACGUGCAGUCUGUUCUUGGCUUGACUUCCUGGAGCUUUGUCGCACCUGUUGGUAAUGGCCUGACAUGGACGAUCUCGACGAUGCUUUUCUUCUACCUCUGUUUCCCUCUUCUAGGACCGGCCGUACAGCGCGUUCCACUGGCGGGCCUCCGGGCACUUGCAUGGACCAUGUACGUUGUGCAGGGAGUGCUGAUGAUGCUCGGCUUUGCUUUCAACACACCGGGUUAUUGGAUUCGAAUGUGGCCACCAGUGCGGCUGCCCAUCUUUGUUAUGGGCAUAUGUGCCGGGCUGUCGCGGGUGCGCGGGGAGCAACAUCGAGCAGCCCAGGCGGAUUCGUGCCAGACGCCAGUGAGCCGCAGGGAUGUGCCACUGGAAGUCGGCAGCAAGUGGGGUAUCGAGGCGUGUCUCCCUGACUGGGUUUGGGUGCUCCUCUGGACUGGACUCACUCUCUAUGGCACCACGAUCACUUUUCUGUGCUCCGUAAACCUCCGCUUCCGCUUCACCCUUGAGGUGGUGUUCCCGAUGAUCUUCUACGAGUUCAUCCUCGCGAUCACGAGCCCCACUGCCGAAGGUGCUUGCUUGGUCCGCUUUUUCCGCUCCAAGCCCAUGCGCUUCCUUGGUGACAUCUCCAUGUGUGCCUACAUGAUCCACAUGCUACUUGGUGAGGUGCUGGGCUAUGCGACGGGAACGCAAACCGGUAGAUGGCCUUGGUGGACACUACUGGCAGUUCUGCCCAACGCGAUUUUGCUGGGCUGGAUGCUGACGGAGUUCUUUGAGAAGCCCAUUUCAAGGUGCUUACGGCCGGACAGGCGUGCCGCCAAGAGUCCCGCUGUCAGCGAUGAGAACCAUGAAAAGGAGUCGUGUACCCCUGUCGCCGAGGAGGCUCCACCUCUUCCACCUCCUCCACAGGCUCCUGUCUCUGAGGAAGCCGAGCCUGCGCGGACAGCUUCCUUCGCCAGUGCCCCCUCUCAACCGGCCUCCUCGCUGGUUCGGCGGGCUUUACAACCAGAGUGCAGUGUGGACUUUCCCCAAAUCACCGAGAUCUGCGAGAGGUUGGAGAUCCAACCCUCUGAGAUCCGAACCACUGUGGCGGUGCUCGCCAAGGCGCUGCGGGAUCGGAGGCAGCCAUUGCAAGUCAAGCUCAAGGCUUUGACAAUCGCUCACGAGAUGCUGUACAACCAGCAAGUGGUGGAAGUCUUCGCCGAAGCCGAAGGCUUGCGUGAAGCCUUGGAGGCGCUCCGUCAAGUGCGAGGGAACGAGCUCGGGGCAGCAAUGGACGAAAACGUCCGAAUGCUCGCGACUGAGAUCGUCGGCCGCUGCUUCGAGGGCAAGAGCAGCUCCAAUGGCUGGAGCUCUUUUGCUAAGGCAGCAGCAAAAGUAGGUUGCAGCUUUCCGGGUUGA